AUGUCCCGAGAAAGAAGAUCGACAAUCACGAUAGACCACCCAACGUCACGGUCGUCCAUCACAGACGGCGAAGACGAGUCGCAAUUCAGCGACGAGCGAAGCGACUCUCACGCGGACGAGGAGGACUGGUCGCAUGACGACGACAUAGACCCCAGUGACUCGGCCUCCGCGACAGCAGACUACCGCGCUCAACCCCAACGACCUCACAGUCGGGGCGCUGCGCGCAACCCACCACGCCAGCACAGCAUCCCCCGACAGCAAAGAUACCCCUACAGAGCGGCAGUGCCGCCACCACCACCACCACCAGAUCACAUGCAGACCAUGAGCAGCGACGCAUCUGAAGACUACAUGUACAGCCACCGAGGCCAGUACGCGCCUCCACAACACCAGGGAUAUUAUGGAGGAAGGGGUGGGUAUCCGCCGCCUCAGAGCCUCGCGAGCGGAUACGCACCUCCCCCGCACCAUGGCUACGGAGGGCAGAUGGUACCAUUUGCCUCAAAUCCCUUCAGUCCAAUGACACAGGGCGGAGGUACUGGCUACUUCCCGGAGCAGCGGCCGCCGUACGAUAUGAUGCCUUAUCAGCAGCCCGGAUACUUUGGCGGUGCGGGUCCUGUCGCUGCCCCAGCCUACGGGAUGCCACCACACCAUGUUGCGCAGUACAUGUACCCAUCACCGCCGCCUCCGCCGACCGAGGCACCGGGGCCGCCCAAGACUCCAGCGCCGGCAGAGGAGAAACCAAACCCUCAGAUGGAACUUAUGAAACAGCAAUUAGCGCUCCUCCAGGCCGAGCGCAAGGAACAAGAGGAGUCGGCUAAGCGGGCCGAAUUGGAGAAGAAGAUCAGAGAGGAUGCAGAGCAUGCGUUCAAGAUAAGAAUGGAGGAAAUGCAGCGGGCGCAGGAAGAGGCCAAGAAGGAAAUUGAGCUUGCCAAAAUCGCAGCCGAGAGGGCCGCCCGGGAGCGCAUCGAAGAAGAGCGCAAGGCCGAGGCUGAGCGCCAAAGGCAGCAUGCAGAGAUGAUGGCCAAGGCAGAACGUGACGCCAGAGAUCGUAUUGAGAAGGAGAGGAAAGAGGAAGCCGAGCGCGCACGCCAGCACGCCGAGGCUAUGGCAAAGGCUGAGCGUGAAGCCAAAGAGAAGUAUGAGGCUGCUCUCAAGGCCGAGGAGGAGCGCAAGGCACAGCAGGAGGAAGAGCGGAAAAGAGCGGAGGAAAAUGCCCGGCUUAAGAUCGAGGCUGAGGCGAAAGCCGCUGAAGAGGCAAAAAAGCUCGCCGAGAAGCAAGCUGCAGAGGAGGCCGAGCGCAAGAAGUUGUUCGAGGAGGAAACGAGAGUCAAGGCCGAGAAGGAGCUCCGGGACAAGAUUGAAGCCGCCAAGAAGGAAGAGGAGGAGAAGAAGACGGCGGAAGAAGCGGCCAAGCUUAAAUACGAGAACGAGGCUCGACUGAAGCUUGAGAAGGAGCGUCUCGACGCGGAAGAAGCCAAGAACAAGGAGGAAGCCGCCAAGAAAGCUCAAGAAGAACUUCUCAAGAAGAUUGAGGAGGAGGCCAAGGUCAAGGUGGCCGAGGAAGCGAGAAAAGCGGCCGGCGACGACAAGGAGCCCAUCAAGUUCAAGGACGCCGUGGGUAGGAAGUUCAACUUCCCUUGGAACCUUUGCUCGACGUGGAGUAGCAUGGAAGAUCUCAUCAAGCAAGCCUUUGCGCACGUCGAAGUUAUUGGCCCUCAUGUUCAAGAAGGCCACUACGACCUGAUGGGACCCGACGGCGAGAUAAUUCUGCCCGUGGUCUGGGAGAAGACGGUCCAGCCGGGCUGGCAGAUCAACAUGCGCAUGUGGCCAGCGGACAAGCACCCGCUCCCGGGUCCACAGCCGCCUGACCCGCGCACAGCGACGCCCGAGCAGAUUGCGCGCUGGCAUUAUUUGCAGCAACAACUGCGCGCGCGGAACGCAGGUGCACCUAUGCCAGGAGGCCAUCACCGCGUCCACGGUGGCGGACACGGUGGCGUCCCACCCAUGAGACCUCCCGGCUUCACUGGUGGGAUACCCUUUGGAGGGCGGCAGCCUCCACCACCGCCCGGCGGCCGAAUGUUUGGGCCGCCUGGCGGCGAACGGGGACCGCCGCCUGGGGUGGAUAUCGUUGAUGCCCGGCCGGAGAAGAAGAAGGGCGACAAAAAGAGGGCAAAGAAGACGCUGGGUUUCUUUUCUGGUGCAAAGCCUCCCAAAAAGAGCAGUUCAAAGAAGUGGGUUAAUGCUGACGAAUUCUGGCAAUAA